AUGACGGGACAUGCGGCGUCUCAACAUGGUCCAGGGAACUUCACAUUGGUGGGCACAGACUCGGGCACAGACUCGGGCACAGACUCGGGCACAGACUCGGGCACAGACUCGGGCACAGACUCGGGCACAGCACUGGGACAGGGCACUCUGGCUGGGGCUCAGAAUCUCACAGAGAGGGCAGACAGAGGGAACACGGCAGUACUCUCUUGA